GAUAUCGAAACCGGUUCGGCAAACUUCGACCGACUUCGGCUUUCAAAACCGCGGAUGACAUUUACUAGGGGGGUGAAGAAAAAAAAAUCUUCAAAACAAGGAAAGAAAAAUCAGAAGGACGACGACGAAGCAGGGACAGCGAAAGAAAGAAAAGCCAGCAGCACUCACUCCUCGGAACGGGGGCGGCAGGGGGAAAGUUUUUCCUGCUGCAAUCGGGUGAAAAUUCUGUGCGCAAAACGAGUGAAAACGAAACGAAAGCGACGAAUCCGCCACAGUAAACCAUCCGUUUGGCGCGGCAUUUGUUUUCGUCGCGGCACACAAACCACCGUUAAAUUUGGUCACCAUCAACAUUUGCUGCUGCGGGGGUUUUUGGGCAGUUUAUUUUUUACCUUUGUAGCAUUGUCCCAGGGCCCCCGAGACGGGUGGCGGACGGUUUGAUGCGUUCGUUGUGGGGUAAGUAAUUCCCUGAGGACAUUGCGUACGGAAAAGCUGCAAAAAGACAACAAAAAAUGCAACCGAGCGGUGUGUUUUGAGUGAAAAGUGAUCGUUUUCCUUGUUCCUUCUGCCGUUUCCCCGUGGGGUGGGGGUAGUGUUGGUGGGAAGUGGUGGUAGGGUGUUCUGCUUUGCGUGUCGUCCUUUGCGUAGUGUUCCGGUGCCGUUGUGCUGCUUUAUCCUGACCGGGGUAUGGAAAGGCAAAUCGUAAAUGAUCCUAUCGCAACAAUGCUCAGCUCGACCACCGGGACGGGGCAGAACAUGAAACAGGUGGAGUGUAAAUUACCGCAAGCUACCGAGCUGACCGAGCACACAGUAGCACCGCAGAAAAACUCCGCCGGCCUCAACGGUACGAAGGAACCGCUCAGAACAUGUUUAAUGUGUUUGUUACCCUUCGAGGAGCUGAGUUCGAUCGGAACCGAUUCGGCGGAAGAGUUGAAACGGAUAGUGGAUAAUAUUUAUAAGAUUGCCAAAAUAGAGGUUAAACCAGUCAACGGAAAGAUUGAACCCCUGUGCAACGGGUGUCGUGCGAAGCUGGGCUACGAUUACGACGAGGAUGCGUACUUCGACAUGCUUAGCCAGAUGUACAACAGUGAGGCACAGUGUAAAUCGCCCACAAUCACAAUGCACAACGGCAUCCCGGUGCACGUGGCCGUACCGUGCGAUGCCGCCAGUCCCGACUCGCCGGCGUUGGGUGCCGGUGGCCACUACAUCGAUGCCGCCUGCGGUACGUUCGUGGUGACGGAGCUGGGCGUCGAAGCGCUGAACGCCGACAAGGACGAGCUGGUGUGUGCCAUCUGCUCGAAAGCGUUCAACUUCAAGUCCACGCUCCGGUUGCACAUCCGCAGCCACCAUCAAACCGCACCCCGGGACACGAUCGAGCUGCCGAAGCAUCCGCGCAAACCGCGCACGUACGAGUGUACCGAGUGCAAUCUUAGCUUUAAGCUAAAGUACGACUUUGACAAACACAUCGGCAGCCACAAGAAGCCGAGCAUGCACCAGUGCGAAGGUUGCUUCAAGCUGUUUAAGCACAAAUCCUACUAUCUGAUGCACCGGAACCUGAAGCGGUGCAAGGCACAGUGUUCGAUCGAUCUGACCAACCCGCUAGAAUCGUUCCUGACGGCGGUCGAUGUUCAGCAGGCAGUGGCAAUGGACACGGUCCCGGUUGCACCUUCGACCGGGCGGCGAAAGAACGGUGCCGCAAAGGAUCGGACCGGCGGUUCCGCCACGCUCAGCUCCGUGUCGGCGUUUCCCUUGCAGUGCACCCCGGAGCUGGGUUCCCUAACUGACUGUGGCAUCAGGAAUGCCAGCUAAGGUAUUAUACUGUAUUCUACUGUACGGUGCCGCAUUUACGGCGCCGGAUGUUGCCAGAUAUCGGUUCCUAGGUGGUACCGUGUUAGCACAGUACUUGUACAUAGAGUAAGCGAAUUGGUGAUGAAUUGCUUGCCGAUUUUUAAAAAUCUACUAACUGAUCACAUCCAUAUUCUGUUCUAUGUCAUGCAACGUAACCCGUUCCAAAGAAUGCAACCAAAUCUUUACGUUAAUCCGGUGGCCAUACUCUAUUGCAUUAGGAAUUAGUAACGAUAGCCAAGAAUAGCCAAGAGAGUUUAUGUCUUUGGUAUUUUUUCCCCACCGAGGAAGUUAAGGUUAAUUUUCAAAAAUUUUCUUAACCUAUCCUUUUUAGAUGGGUGUGCAAUGUUUAUUUGUUUAAUUUCUGUUAAGUUUAUUCAUCCUUUAACUUAUUUUUAAUUUAUUCAAUUUUAAACUCUUUUUAUAUUUCUUAUUUACCUUGGCGUGCUGCAAAAAAAAAGAAGAAGGGAAAACCUCUUUUCCCCGAUUGAUUAGGGGAAAUGAGGGCAAUUAGUUUCCCUCCCCCCGCAUCUUAGUGUCUACGUUUGAUACAACGUUUCUCGGUGUGUUUGAAUGGAUGUAUGGAUGGGGUAUGAUACACAACCGAACGGAUCGGUACUGUGGGCCCCACGCUAGACUUAAGGAUAGGGAUAAAAAGUUUCAUCAUUAUUUAACGGCGCGAACAGUCCAUAUCGCUCUGUCAGUCAGCUAAACUUUAUCAGACUUAGGGUGUAGGGUUAUGAUCAGUGCCAUGGGCGAACAAACACGAGCAUUACAUCAAUUCUUUACCGUCUUUUAGGUCUUAAUGAACGAGAAUGAAGCUAACGGUAGCUGUAAGAGAAGGGAGGGUAGAAUUGUAAACUCAAACCUUUUUGCCAUUUUACUUUCUACUGCCGUGUGGCAGUAAAGCGGUGCCACAUUCGUUUGCUUUUUCCGCGUAAUUUGAAUUUUCGCUACCUUGCCAAUGUUUCACAUUUCCCGAAGAAACUUGUAGCUCAACUUCUAAGUUACAUUGCCGGGACAUAAAUGUGUCGACGAUGCCCGGAUGUGGGAGCGAGAAGAAGUAGCACCGCUCCACGCGUGUCCCUGUAUCCGCGUGUGGUUCGUGUUAUUGUGAUGAAGUUGGCAUAUACGAAGGAAUUUACCAAAUAAGAACUAUAGAUGUAUAAAUGCUUGAACGCGUACUACGGUAAGAAGGGAACCGACUAUUUAGGAACAAACAAAAGAGAGCGAGAGAGAGAGAAACCAAAUCGAAUUCAUACGUCUUAUUUUUAUGUUUGAAUAACAGUUUCGCUGCAUUCGGACACUUAAGAUGAGGAAUAAAUUAAGAAUGGAAACUCGUACCAUA